CUCUUGGCUAUGUGUUUGUUUCUCUUAGAUAUUGCCAAAGCCAAGGUGUUCCACACUUCUCCAGAUUAAACUGUGAAUUUUGCCGAAAAUUUCCGAGCCACUUCUGCAUUUUGUACAUACGAGUUGCUGUGAUGUCUCAAGCAUUUCUCUGCCUGCUCCUUCUCCUCUGGCUGGAUCCCAGUUCUACUUCUAGAGGAGAUACUGUGGUGGUCACUAGCAGUGGCCCAAUCCAGGGCAAACACAUCAUGACAGAGUCUGGGAUGGUGACAGCUUUCUUGGGAAUCCCAUAUGCUGAACCUCCUGUGGGAGAAUUGCGUUUCCAGAAGCCCCGUCCCCAUCAGCCUUGGAGUUAUAUCCUGGAAGCCACCAGCUUUGCCAAUUCCUGCUACCAAGAGAGUUCUGAUCCUUACAGGUAUCAGCCGGUGCUAGACACAGAUCCCAUCUCUCCAGUCUCUGAGGACUGUCUUUUCCUCAACAUCUGGGUGCCUUCUCCCCAGCCCUCGGGGCCAGCUGCUGUCCUUGUCUGGAUCCACGGAGGUGCCUUUUACAUGGGCACUGGUUCUUAUGAUAAAAGCCUGCUAGCUGCCACUGAGAACAUCAUUGUGGCUUCUCUGAACUACCGCCUGGGUGCACUGGGCUUUCUAGCUCUGCCUCCAGGUGCUCCGGGGAAUGCUGGUUUGUGGGACCAAUCCUUGGCAUUGCAUUGGUUGAAGGACAACAUAGCUGCCUUUGGUGGGGAUCCCACUCGGCUCACCCUGGGGGGUCAAAGUGCUGGGAGUGCAUCCGUCGGUUUCCACCUUUUGUCACCAGUGAGCCAACCCGUCUUUGCUCAGGCCACUUUACAAAGCGGGGCUGCCAUUUCCCCCUGGGCCUGGGUGAGUCCUGAGGAGGCCAAGGCCAGAGGGAGACGUCUAGGCCAGAUGUUGGGCUGUGCGGAGAAUGAUGACCAAGGUGUGGUGAACUGCUUGCAGAGAAAGGAUCCAGGAGAGGUUAUGCGGAAGCUACCUAGUACUGAGCCAAGGAACCUGAUAACAACUACUUUUGUACCAACAACAGAUGGGGAAUUCCUUCCAGAUGACCCCAGGAAUCUUCUGGAAGUCAGAAUCUUCCCACUUAAGCCCAUCUUGACUGGCUUCACCACGGAGGAGGGCACCCUUUUCCUCAUAGAUAAUGCUCCUGGUUUCAGCUUAUCUAAUGAGAGCCUGAUCAGUCACAAGCAGUUACUACAGGGUCUCCGGCUUGUGGCACCCAAGGCUUCCCAGUGUGCCAUUCAGGCUGCAGCAUUCCUGUAUACCCUGGGGAACAAUGGAAAAGAGCGAUACCGCAAUGCAAUGAUCCAAGCUGCAGGGGACCAUAUGUUCUUGUGUUCUGUGGCUGAAGUGGCCACCCAGAUGGCAAAGGCUGGAAGCCCCGUUUUUGCCUACGUAUUCACUCACCCCCCUCCCUUCACAGGUGCCCCUGACUGGAUCGGGGCAACCCAUUGUUCUGAAGUACCCUAUAUGGUUGGUAACAUACUGUCUCUGACAGGAAGCAACUUGACAGAUCCAGAGGCUGAAACAAUAUUGAGCCAAAGAGUUAUGCGGUACUGGGGACAGUUUGUGAGAACUGGGUCUCCUAAUGAGGAAAAUGCCCAAGAGUGGCCUAUCUUUACAGGACAGAAUUUCUUCCGCAUCGACAUAGAGGGAUCCAAGGCAAAGGAAAUGUCACCCACUCUGUAUUGUGGAAUCUGGGACUGGCUGGAACCCAUAGAUUCUGAAGUGGAGGACAUUCCCAGCAGUGGAAUUUCUGGCAAUCAGUGAAACUUCAGAGAUGUUUCUCAGCAGCAUCAAGACAACUUCUCUGUUAUUUCAACCCUGAAGUGGAGCUCCACUAUAAGGAUUCUUUUGUGGCAUUUUGACUUUGCAAUGGGAAAGACAUUUUCAGAAUCUCAUUAUAAUAUUAUAAAAGGAGAAGGCUAUUUGAAACUCUUUGAAAUCAUUAAUAGUAAUUUGAAAAUAUCAUAUCAGCUGUUGUACUAUAGCUUCUCAGCCAAUAAAUGAAUAAAAGAGGUCAGCAACUAA